GCCCAGCUGGGCAACUGCUGGUAGCACUGCCCAGUAGCGAGGCCGGCCCCCGGGGUCUCCCGCCAGCCCUGCCUGACCUACCGCGUGUGGUCACCCUGAGCGAGGAUGCAGUGCCGGGUGCCCGCGUGGCCGAGGUGACCGUGUCCUGCAGCAAUGCAAGUGGCAGCCCCAACGUCACCCUGCACGGCAUUGAGCCCGGCCACCCCUUCAACUCCAUUGCUGUCGGUGCUGACCCUGCAGCUGCCACCACGUUUCGGGCAGAGUUCAGGCUCCGAAACCAUGACACACCACUCAUGCUCACCCGCCGGGGCCUGGUGCUGGCGCCUGACGGUGGUUUCAACCCCAGCAAGGAGACUCAGACGUUUAGGCUGGAGAUCGAGGUGACGGACCGCCACGGCCACCACUGCAGUGGGGCCGUGAGAGUGGAGACCAGGCCAUGCCACGCUGCUUGCCUGUGCCGCAGUGAGCCGCAGCGGGCCGUGACAGUGCAAGAGGGCACGGGCCCCUUGGAAGUGGUCACGCAGGUCCAUGCCAGCGGUGACAACGUCCGCUACGCCAUCCUGGCUCCCACGGCGCCUGCGCUCUUCACCAUCAAUGAGAUGACGGGCGAGAUCCGCAGCACCCGCCGGCUGGAGGGGGCCCGUGCAUACCUCCUUGUCCAGGCUUACAACGCACUGCACCCCACCGACCAUGACACUGUCACGCUCAACAUCACCGUGCAGGGGACAGACCGGCGAGCACUGAGCUGUGUCCCGGCCAUCUCUGUGUCCCAGGUGCCUGAGACGGUGUCCCCUGGCAGCACUCUGGACACACUGAGAUGCACCGACCCUGCCGGUGCCAAGGGGCUCCUGAACUACACCCUCGAAGGACCUCCCAUCUCCCUCUCCCGCUUCCACAUGGAGGGGCCACGGCUGCAGGUCAACACCACCCUGGACUAUGACUCGGAGGCCGUGGCCACCAUGGGCUUCCAGUUCACAGCCACCAUUGUGGUGACGGCCGUGCCAAACCAGGCGCCGGUGUGCACCCCCGAGGUGCAGGAGCUGCAUAUCACAGCUGGGUUGGGCAGCCGCCAGCCUGUCACUCGCCUGGCGUGCCAGGGCAGCCCUGAUACCCGGAGCACUCUGGUGCCACCCACCACCACCACCAUCCAGCACACGAUGCUGCGGAAGGAGCCGCUGGUCGUCACGCGGACGGAGGCAGUGUGGCACCCACCGGCCUGGUUCGUGGCCGUGAUGACCAUCUCCGGUGCCCUGCUGGUGGCUGCCCUGGGGUGUGUAGCCUGGAGCCUGCUGUGCAGCAACCGAGAUACUGGCAAGCUGCUCCUGGGCAAGAGCUCCUGGGAUUUGGCAGAGCAGAGGGUAGGCAAAGAGGAGCGAGGCCACCCCCACACUGGCAGCCCAGGGCAGUUCGAUGGCCGUGCCCAGGACCCCC